CAUUUGCUUUGUUUCGUACUUGAUGUGAAGCCGGACGGUCGUGCUCGUAUUGCAUUAAAAACCCCCCGCCGCUAUCACUCGCCUUUUAUACAUAUACAUUUCUCAGUCGCUCAUCAUACACGACUCAUCGAGUAUUAUUCGUUAAUUGUUUAUAACAAAUUUUUUUUUUAUUAUUUAACGUUGACGCAACGUUUGUUUUCAUGCCUUGACAAAUUUUAAACUAAUCAGUAUUAAAGACAAGCGUUAAAUUUUCUCUUUUUUUAUUUUUAUUUUAAACAACAACUUUGUAAAUGAAUAAAUUAUAAGGACUGUGAUAUAAUAUGGCGGGAGACAACCAACAUUUUUGUCUGCGCUGGAAUAACCACCAGAGCACGUUGAUAAGCGUGUUCGAUACAUUGCUAGAAAGCGGUACCUUGGUCGAUUGUACGUUGGCAGCCGAGGGACAAUACUUAAAAGCGCACAAGGUUGUCUUGUCGGCGUGUAGUCCUUACUUAGAGUUACUGUUAAGUCAGCAUUAUGAAAAACAUCCUAUAGUCAUAUUGAAAGAUGUUAAAUUUCAAGAACUGAAAAGUAUGAUGGAUUACAUGUACAGGGGGGAAGUGAAUAUUUCCCAAGACCAACUGAGCACGUUCCUGAAAGCGGCAGAGUCUCUACAAAUCAAGGGUCUGACUGAUGGUGGUGGUAAUGAAGAUAAUAGCACCCCUUCAUCAGCUCCUGCCAAAGCUCCUGUGAGCAACCCAGUUAGAAAACCAGUUCAACAAUCCGUCACACGCGGCCCAUCCGCAUCAACACAGGGUUUGACGAUAGAAAGGAGGCCUGAAAGUCCACAUAUUAGGUCACGUGAUGAUAGUGCUUCUCCUACACCAAGGAAACGUAGAAGAAACCAACGUAGGCCAUCCACUAGUGAUGAUCCUGACAGUCAUGUUGACACAAGCAAUUCCUGUGAUGUACCGCCCCUUCAGUCCGGAGCCCUUAGUGGCGUCGGUGUUCCUAACAUUCCUGCCACCAUCACCAAAGGUGCGCCGUUAGAUGACGGUGAUCAUGAGACUGAUAACAGCCGCGUCAAUAACCAUGACACAUCAGCUGCUGAAGGUGUUGCGGGACCAAAGAUCGAACCGACUAGUGAACUGAUUGAACCUAAGACUGAGUACAUGGAAGAAAUGAACAACGAGGAUAGUAUAGAAGACUUGACGCUUGAUGAUGAUGAUGAUAUGGAAAAUAGUAUGGAUAUGUCAAGAGCUGGCCCAUCACAUGACAAUUCAAACCAAAGUUUUGGUCAAUGGCCCAUGGCAGGAAACCAAACUGAUGAAGUUUUCAUGUCUGCACAGGAAGCGGUUGGAGCUCACAGGGAUACUCAAGUUAGGUCAUCUGGAAUCAAUUGGAAUUAACUUCUAUGGUGAGUUAACAUCAGUUUUUUUCUAACUUUCAAAGAUCUCUGUUUAAUUUUCCUAGAUAAUAAUCCUCUUGCAUCUUGGUCAUAUCCAUCAAAAGUUGUACUAGAGCGAAAGGAGGCUCGUAAGUUAUUCUUUUGUGGUGGAUUGACCAAAUCUUUUGUAUUAUUAUAUAUUAACUAAGAUUCAUUUUCAACACAAAAUAUUAUAUUAUUAAAAAUAUUAAAAUAAAUAUUUCAGAUUUUUUUUCUUUGGACCCAUGAACUUGGUUGUGCUUGUGUUGUUAUAGGUUCUGUGGGUCCUAAAAUUUUUUUUUCUUUUAUAUACAGAGAUCUUUGCAUAAUGUACGCCCUCACAAUCUCUACAUUCUUUUAUAUUUAGUUAAAUGAUAUUGGGAUUUGGUUAUUUUAGUUAUGUGAGUAGAUGGUUGUAGUGAGAAGGGGGUACUGGGUGUAGUUAAAUUGGAAAAAGUUGUUUAACUUAUUAUCAUGUUCAUAAGUUAUCAAUUUGUCUUCAAGUGUUUUUUUUUUGUUUGUGUAAUAAAGUAUUAUACAAAAUAAAUACUUAAUAAAUAUUUAUGAAAUGGCAACUGUCAAAUACUUGAAAUACAUGGUGUGAAGACUGCAUGAAGAUAUGUUAUUUUAUGGAAUUCAAUGAGGUAAGUAUAAGGUAAUCGGUAAAUAGGGAACCUCUACCUUUUUUCUCUUCCUUAGUGUCUUUUAUUUUAAUAUUAUCCUAUCUCUUGAUUUUAAUAUAAUUAUAAUGUUAUUUAUAAAUGUUUGAAUAUUUGUUUAAAAAGUUCUUCUUAGAACUUUGUUUAAUUUUUUAUUUUUAGCAGGUCUUAUUUAUACAGUCCAUUAGUUAAGUAUUUGCCAUUUAAGUCUUAAUACUAAUUAAGACUAAAUGCUGGCGACUUUGGUAAAAAAAAAAAAAAAAAAAAAAAAGGAGAUAAAGGUCUAAGGUGACCAAUUCUGUAUUUUUUUUAGUUGUGUUUUCUUUAUUCCUUUUCCUUUCGAUAAUAUGUGCUAACAUUGAUGAAAAUGGGAAAAGAAAGAAUAGUACACAGUUGUUUUUUAUUAGUAAGGAGAUAAAUUUAGUAAGAAUGAAAUUGUUAGUUUUAUGGUUAAUAAUAGAAAAUUUAAAAUUUUCAAUCUACAUACAUAAUUGUAUAAUAACCAAAUAUCUUACGGUAAGUUAAAUUAAAUUCUUAUAAUUUUUCUCAUAUUUUUCAUAUAUAUUUAAUUUUUAAAAUUUCAUUUCAUCAUAAUUAUUCAAUCAACUUUUUAAUAAAACUUGUGACUUGUGAAUAAUUUAUUUUCAAUUAAAAAAAAAUAAUAAUAGAAAAGUAUGAGAAAAAUUUAUAUUAUAAGAAAAUUUAUAUACAUAAAAUAGCCACUGCAUAAAAAAAUAUUUCAAGCAUUUUUUUAUGGCACCAAGAAACUAGGAAAGUGUCCUUGAUGUUUUAUUCAAGUGUGGCUAAGACAUUUUAUAAAAAAAACUUAUUUAUGUAUCUAAUGUAACUUUGUCAUAUCUGUUCGACUAGGAUAUUUUAGUAUUUUUGUGAGUUUCAUAAUUUUUAUGUUACUAAUGUGGGUGAGAUACAAUUUUAUAAAUUGUUUAGUUUAACUGACCUGACAGGUUCUGUACUAAAGAUGAUGCUUCGAUUGUGUUAUGUAGGUAUUUCCUAAAGUUUAUUAAAAUCAACUUGUUAACUCAAAAGCUGAAAAUCUAGUAAUUUAAAUAUUAUUUUUAAUUGAUUUUGGGCGUGCUGUGACACAAGAAUUUUAUAUUUUUAAUAAAUAUGCAGGGUAAGAUUGGUAAAAAUUUUCUGGCUGGAAUUCAUAUUGGGCUGUAAUGUCUAAAAAUUCAAACUUGUCAGAUGUACCAAUAUUAUAGGUCUAUUAAUAAUGGCUGUCGUUUACUGUAAUUUCUUAAAUUUGUUAACUAAUGUGGGCUAUAGAAUACUAUGCGUGCGAGACUUAAUAAUCAGCAAUGUCCCUAAUACCGGGUAUCUUAUUUAAUAAUUUUGAUGACCUGUUAUCAACAUGGCUAAUUAAAUAAUGGAUAUAUAGUAAAUUAAAUUUUUAUGAUAAAAUUAAUUUUUCUGCUACAAUUGAUCCUUAAUAUACCUAUAACUAAUACAUAUGAAUAUUGAAGUACGAAACUAGUAAUACUUAUACAUAUAGUCCUAAUAUCAAUUUUACUUUUUAAAAUCUGAUGUGGCAUUUAGUCAAGUACAUCCUCCCCUAUAGCAUUUAUAUUACAACUUCAACAUUUGCAAUAAAGAGCUCUACUGUAAACUUAAUAAAAAAAUACAAUUUUGACAGAGGUAAGUUAAAGAAGCAAACUAAUCGAUUCAGCGUUAAAAAAACUAGUCUGCUUCAUUUCACUAUAGAAUAAUUAAUGAAUUUAAGUGUAGGAUGGUAAAUUUUACUCGAAAGAAAAGCUUGUUCAAUAAUAAUUGUUUUUUGUUAUACAUUUUGGUUUGUGUAGGAUAAAUUUUUUUUUAAUGAACGCUGGUAUAAAGUGACCAAUGAUUAUAACCGCACGUAAAAAUGUUUUAAUAUACGGUAAAUUAAUUUUGCUAUUUCUUUUAAGACUUACGAUUUUUAUUAGAAGUACCUCCAAUACAUAAAUUUACAAUUAUCAAUACAAUUCAUUAUUUCAAGUAAUUUACUUUGUAAAAGUGUUGCAAGGUUUAUUACUGUUACGUAACAUCUUUGUUUUGAAUUUAAUACGUCAAAAUUGAUUUUCUUAGUGAUUUAAAUUUAAAGCCUUAAAAUUGGUGCGGAAAUUGAGUUCAUGCGUUUAAAUGGUUAUUGUAAAUAUAUGAAUUAAUGUAAUUCACUGGAGAGAUGGUAGUUAUUGUAAAAUUAAACAAAAAUAAAUUUAAUUAUAUAAAUUAUAUUGAAAUUUUUACUAAAUUGGCAACUCUGCAUCCGUAUUGAGUUUCUCCAUUGGCUUUAAUAUGAAUUCUUAAAAUUAAAAAAGUGUAAGGCAAAAACUAUUUAUGUUUAAAUAUAAAUUAUACAUAAAGCAAACUCGCACUCCUUAUUUAUUUUGUUUAUUUAAAUUUCAUAAAAAUUCAACUUUUAUAAAAUUUGUUAUGAAUAUCAAAAUUAAAUUGCAAUUACUAAAAGUUAACUUUGCACAUAUUUUUUAUAAAAUAUACAAACCAGUAAACUAUAAUACCUACCAUGUAAAUAUUAAGAUAUUAUAUAGUUGUCUACUUAAUUACUUUUUUUAUUGAUGGGGGUUUGGAGUGGAAAGCUAAUGCCGAUUCUUCUUACUAUGAUAGUAAGAUUUUUUAUGAUAGUAAAAUUUUUUAUAUAUGAUAUAUGUUAGUUUUUGUAUAUAUGAUAAAUGUAGGGGAGAGAAAGACUAGUGGUAGAUUUUAUAAUAUUUUCAUUUCUUUCUAUUACUUCUAAGUGGCUUAGAAAUAUACAAUAAAAUAAUAAAAAAAAAAUUGCUACGACCUCUUUUUUAUUUCUGUAUUCUUCAUACAUUUAUUUGUACGUACACAACUGAAAUUAAACUAGCUAAUGAUUUCACAGUAUCUAAAUGAUAAACCUUGGGGAACUAUAAUAGAUGAUAUAAUUAAAAUAAGCAUUCUCAGUCAUUAACCAGGGCCAGUGAUAAUUGUAUCUACGAAAAGCAGUCUGUCAUUUUGCCGAGUAUUAAAAGAUGCUAGGGCCGUAGCAAUUAUUAAUAAUUAAAUCUUAAUUUUUCAUUAUUUUAAUAUUUGAUUGAUUUGAAAAAAAAAUUUUUAUUUUAUUAUACAAUUAGUAGUUAUGCAAACAUUUAUAAUAAAUCUAUAGAUUAUAGUUGGUAAAAUGUUAACUAGUGUAUGUUAAAUGUUUAUUAAAUAAUAAUGUUAAUUACAAUACAUAUCUCAAUUUCAUACUCUUCUAUUUAAUUACAUCAGUCAACUAGGCACACUAUGUCUCAUAAUUAAAUUUACGUAUCUCAUGUGCACAGUUGUAGAGUAAAAAUGAAUUAACAAGAAAUGAUAUAAUAAAUAUUACAACGUUCAAAAGCAUUUAAAACUUGCAUAAUAAAAAAAAAAGUAAAAUGAUUAAGGCUUGAUAAUGUCUUAGAUACAAUUAUUUUCGCGGAAACCCUAAAAUACAUUACAUCGAAAAACGUAAAUUUAAAUUAGACCGCUUGAGGACUUAAUCAAAAUAUAAUUAUUACCUCGUUUAAAAGUAGCUUUUAGUCAACUAAAUGUUUAUUUUAUCAACUUAUACAAUAUUUUUGUCUGUCAAAUAUACUUAUAUUAGCUCCGAUGCGAAGCUGAUAAGGCAUUAGUUUUACUAUGAUGUGUUUUUUUUUCUUUUUUGUGUCUGUUACCACUUUUCUCAGCUCUCAUCGAACCGAUUUCUUUCAACGAUACGUCAAAAGAUCACAAAUUGUAUUUAGUCGAAGAUAAUACACUCAAAAAUUGAAAAAAUUUCCCUCGUUCCCCGUAGAUGGGGGAAAUCUCCAAAAAAAUUACAAAUUUAAUCCCUAAUUUUUUUACUUAAAAUUCCCAUAACAUUUUCAUAAAUGAACAAAUUAAUAUAAUUUUUUUUUUAUAGAUCCUUGAUGUCAUUAUCUAUUAUUUGAUAUAUUUUCUUUUUAUAAAUUUGACCCUUUACCUGCCCACAAGGGAGGAUUCAUAAUGACAACUUUUGGAAGUGUUCCGGAAGGUCUGACUCUUUUAUAUAUAUAUCUUAAAUUAAAGAAAAUGUAAUGUACUUUAUUAUGGAAAAAAAAAUUUGACCCUAGACUUGUCUUCGUGGUGAAAAUGGUUACCGGACACUAUUUUAGUGUGAAAAUUCUUGAUUUUAUAUUUUACAUUUUUUAUUUUAAAAUGGUAUAACUUUUUAAAAAAUGUAUGAAUCAAUACAAUUUUUUCAUGAGAAGUAGUAUUUAUAUACAUCUUUCAUUCGAUAUACUUUUUUUUAAAAUUAGACCAUUUCCCUAUAUACGGGGGGGGGGGUCAAAUCUGAAAAAUGCACUUAGAAAGUAGAACUUUUUUAACUUAACUUUUGAAAGUGUUCCGGAAAGUCUAACAUUUUUAUAUAUAUCUUAAAUUAAAGCAAAUGUAAUAAACUUUAUUACGAAAAAAAAAAUUUCGCACUUUAUUUUGUCUUCACGGUGAAAACAGACAUCAAAGUUAAUGAAAAAAAUACGAUUUUUGUAAAAAAUUUUUUUUAUAUUUUUAACUUUAUAAUGCUAUAACUUUUUGGAAAAUGAACAAAUCAAUAUAAUUUUUUUUUACAGAUGCUUGAUGUCAUUACCUAUCAUUUGGUAUAAUUUUUUUAUAAAUUUAACCCUUUAUCUGCUCACAGGGGGCGUUUUAAAAUUACAACUUUUUCACAAAAAUUUACUUUUUCAACUUGACUUUUGAAAAUGUUCCGGAAGGUCUGACACUUUUAUAGAUAUCUUAAAUUAAAGCUAAUGUAAUGUAUUUUAUUAUGGAAAAAAAAUUUCGGACUUUUUUAACUUUAUAAUGGUAUAACUUUUUGAAAAGUGUAUGGAUCAACACAAUUUUUUUAUGAGAAAUAAUAUUUUUAAUAAUCCCGUUUACAUUCGACAUACUUUAUCUUAAUCAGGAUAUUAAUAAGGAAAUGGCAGAUCAUGUAGCUUUUGGAAUAAUCCACCAAUGUUUUAAAAAUUAACACUAAAGAUUUGCAUCGAAGCGUUUUUUUUUAUAGUGAUUUUAAUCACUGUCAGAUAUCAUAAUACUUGAUCCAACUAUUCACGUCACCACUAUGCGUCGACCAACCUGUGCUGGGUUUGGUUUUUUAUUUAUUCGAAUAAUUAGAAUUAAAUUUCAUUUUUUUAAAUUUGGAUUUUAUUAUGUUUAAUACAAAUUUAAAACUUUAAUAAAUAUAUUUUAUAAAAUAUACUAUUAUUAAAUAAUAUGGAAUGUAGCAAGUCUGCAAAUAUUUUUUUAAAAAUUUUAUGGAGGAUUUGCCAUAGGCGAAACAAGGGUAGCAUGGAGCGUAGUCCCUUUUGUUAACGAAUUAGGUACCCAAAAAAAUAUUAAAAAAUCAUGUAUAUUGUUAUAUUUACAGAAUUCUAUUAACGCCAGCCACUCGAUUUUUCUUAAAAUAAUACAUUAUUUUGUUUACAUUAGUUACUUAUAAAUGUAUCUAUUAUCAAAUAUUUUUUAUAUUUAUCCCUUAAAGUAAAAAUAACUUUCAAUAACAAUUUCUGGACCAAUAUUAUGGAGGUUAUGAAUUUAAAAUAUUGACUAGAGGCUAGUCGCAGGUGCUAUUUUAAUCUCCGGACAUUUCUAUGGCUAUUAUAUAUUAUUAUAUUAACUACAAAAUUUUCUAAGGGCACGAGAAAACUAUAAUUAAAUAAUUGAUUAUUAUUAUUAUUAUGAUUAUGAUAACAUAAUUUAUAAUUAUAAGUUUAUAAUGAUUUACUUGAAAAAGUCACAAAUAAUUAUUAUUUAAAACUUUUUUUACAAUUGUUGUAAAAAAUUAAAUAUCAAUAGUACAAAAAAGACUUACUCUAGUAUAAUAAGCUCAGUAAAUACAAUACAAUAUAAUAGGCUUUUAUAUUUUCUAUAGAUUAGUUUUAUCUAAAUAAAACUAGAAGAGAAUUUUUGUAGGGAUUAAAAUACUCCAUAAAUAGUGUUAAUCAAAAACUAUUAUAUUUAUUUACAUACAUAUUUAAAUAUAUAUAUAUGUUUUUUUAAUUUGUUUAAUUACAAAGUAUAUUAUUUUUACUACUAUAAUGUUUUAUAAAAACUAAGCAUCUAAGUAUAGUGCAUAAAACAUAUACACAUUAUUACUAAAUAAAUAAUAUUUGUUCUCAUAUUUAUAUAAAUUAAAAAUUAUAAUUCACGAAACAAAAUAAAAUUAAGUUAAAAAAGUACAAUGAAGGAAUUAAAUAAAUCAAUAAUACUGCUCCACACGUGUGUUUGUGUGCUUUAACAAACAAAAAAUAUAUAGUACAUUUGGUUUAUUAAUAUUAAAAUUUUGCUCUUUUGUUAUUAGUUUUAUUAUUAUAAUACAAUAAUAUUACUUAGUUACAAAAUAGAAAUUUAUUUAGGAAAUGUGUAAGUAAUUGUGAUAAAUACAUAUUAUAAAUGCAAAAAUCAGGUACAUCAUGAUUUACAUAAUUUGUUUGAAAACAACUAUUAUUUUUGUUUUAUAAGAAUAAUGAACACGAUGUUUAUAAUUAAAAAUAAAAUAUUACAUAAAAUGCAUAGUUUUUUCUAAAAAAUAGGAACUAUGUAAAAAAAAAAAAAAAAAAAAAUAAAUAAAUAAAUAAAUA